UUGUAAUAAUUUCUUUCCCACUGGUGAAGGUAGACAAGUUAAUUUCAGAUGAAUAUUGUUUUUUAUAUUUGAAUUAAAAUCGUAAAGUUUUUACAAUCAUUUGCAUUUAAUAAAUCACUCCGAAUCGUAGUCUUCUCUGGCAUGAGCAACAAUGACGGAAUUAUAUUGUCUUACUAACUUUAUUGAUUUUUCGCAAACUUUACAUGAGCCGCUUAAACACAGCAAUCGUAUCAAGUACACUUGCUUCGACAUUUCUACAAAUUAUGUAAUUUUUGGAGCUACUUCUGGGUCAUUGUACCUCUUUAAUCGUUGCUCUGGUAAAUUUUUACAAUUGAUACCGAAUAAACAUGGACCAGUGACGCAUUUAGCUAUAUCAGCUAAUGAAAAGUAUGUCGCAUUCUCCACACAACGGUCAAUGAUCUGUGUGUACGCUGUAAACAUUUCUACGCAUACAACCCCACAAGUGAUCUUCACGAAUCUCAGUAGCGAUCAAACAUUACAAGUAACAUGUAUACAUUGGACGCAGGAUGAGAAGCAGUUUUACUAUGGUGAUACGCGUGGACAAGUAAACUUAGUGCUACUUUCCUCAUUUAUUGGGAAGACUUUACUCAAUAUGGGUGUGCACCCUAUAUUAUUUCUGGAAUCGCCAAUAGUGCAAAUUGAUGAUUUUGAGUCACUACUACUUGUUUCCAACUGCAACAAAUGUAUUUUAUGUAAUACUGAGUAUGAGGAAUAUAAACAGAUUGGAAAUCGUCCGAGAGAUGGUGCAUUUGGCGCUUGCUUUGCAAUUUCUACCAAUGAAACUACCCAACCAUCACGCAUUUACUGUUCUCGACCAGGUUCACGAAUUUGGGAGGUAGAUUUCGAAGGCGAAGUUUUGCAAACGCAUCAAUUUAAAACUGCGCUAGCUAUACCACCGGUAAAAAUACAUAAGUUCAAUGGCACUGAAGAAGAGACGAUUUCUAAAUACGAAGAAAACGAUGAAAUGCUCGAAUAUCAGUCGCAAAAUUUACAGUUUGCUAGAAUUCAAAUGCUCAACAAAGAUUUUCUACUCACUUUUACCGAGUUCGGUUUGUAUGUAUUUGAUAUGCGCACAUCGACGGUCGUUUUGUGGUGCAACCAAUUUGAGCGUAUAGUGGAUUGUCGUGUAAUUGGAAAGGAAAUUGUAAUUUUUACACAAACUGGCUCGUUAUACAGUGUGCAGUUGAGUCCAUUAAAGGCGCAUGCUUGCGCUUUGGUGCGUCAAGAAAAACUGUUGGAAUGUGCAUGUCUAAUGCGGAAACAUGUAAAAUAUUUUGCAGAUAAAGCACGUGAAGAUUAUGAUUUGAAUAUACUCAAUCAAAUCAAACGAUUCCUAAUUAAUCGUCAAGAAUUUGAGUUACUAAAUGAUUUAUCGGUUAUAUUUGAUGCUAUUAUGCAGUGUGAAGCCGUUGGGGAUAAUAACAGCACCGGUAGCAGUUCCGCCACCACAGAACGUAGUGCAAGCGUUGGUGCCAGCGGUAUACAGUUUGUGGCCAAUAACAAUCAUACGCCACCGGCUAAAGAGGUCUACGUACUCGAAAAUGCUUUUUGCGAAAAUAUUCGCUCUACUAAAGGUAGUGAAAAACAUUUCAAAGACGCGCUCUUGACAGUGACCGGAAAAUUUGGUAAAAAUAUUAUCAAAUAUAAAUUUAAUAUAUUCGCUGAGGAGCAAAAGAAAUUGGUACGGGAACUGAUACCAUCUAAUGAACGUUCAAUACCAUUUAAUGAUAUUAAAGCAAUCUACGAAAAAGAUGAAGAGAUUGUGUGUCGAACAAAAAAAUCACAAGUCACAGAAGCUAAACAAAAUAUUACAAAUAAUGGACAUAAUAUAAGUGCCGAGGAGAAAACCAUAUAUAAUUUGUAUUUAAUAUGUAAAAGUGCAAAAAUAAGCAACAUAAAUUUCGUAGAACGUUAUCGCUCAUUAUUCGACGAAUACACUGCGCGCGAAUUAAUCGAGUUGCUGCGCAAAUUGGAGAAGGUAAUGCAAGAGCAUGGCGAUAGUGCUGAACAGGCACGUAAAAACUGCUAUGAGAUGUACUUUAAUUACCUGAAUACAGAGCUUAUUUGGGAAAUGGACGAUUAUACGCGCGACUUUAUAGCGGAGGGUUUUGUGCUGCUCAAUACAUCGGCGGAUAUAGUGCGUUGCGAUAAUUGUGCCUUUCCUUUGCGUUUUGACAACACUUGUGUCUUUCAUGAAUUGGGCGCGGUAUUGUUACGUUACUAUUGGUCGCGUAAUGAGCAGGUGAAAUGCUUUGACGUGCUAAUGCAAGUGCCAGCGCUGCUGGAUGUAUUAGCUAAAUUCUAUAUGGCUGAAAAUAAUGUGGACAAAGUCGUGCCGAUUAUUUUAAGCUACCGGCAACCCGAAUUGCUAUUGGAAAUCGGCAAAGGUCUGAGUUUAGCCGCAUGGGCGCGUUGCUUUGAACAAUUCGUUGACUUGCAACAAGGGCGCUUGUGUUGUGUUAAUUGUGAAUGCGUAACAACGGUCGAUAAUGUCAACCAGCAUUUUUUCUACACUUGGAAUUGCUUUCUAAGCAUCGCUCUGGAAUAUUUGCAUGCGCAGGAAAUUUUUGCACUGAUUUUCAAAUGGUCGAAUUAUAUAGCGAAUGAUGCUAUAGAUCGCGAAUUCUACACACGCUGUAUGUUGAAAGGCUAAGAUUGGCGGCAUGUGGAUGCGAAAAGUAAAAAAUAGCACAUACCUGCCUACAGGUACGAACAAGACAAAGACUACGUGCGUGUUUGGGAGUGACUGAAAAUGUAAAUUGUGUUGCAACUCGAGUAUUUUUACUUACAACAUUUUUAAUGCAUAUUCGCCCAUUGUUUAAUCAAACUCAAACUCAAAUAUGCGUCAAAAUCUUUCUGCCAUAUACAUAUAUAUUUACUAAUUAUAUUAAAAAAUAUAUAAUAGUAUAUAACGAGUUAAAAAUCUAAAAUGAAAGUAAGCAAACAGUUACAAAUAUUAUAUAAUCACAGAAAAAUAUUUAUAUAUACACAAAAGUAUACACAUGUUUGAACAGUAUGACGAAUUUAAAUGUUAUGGAGCAAUGAUAUUGCUACGAUAGAAAAUUCCCGGCUAUUGGCUUUUGCCGCCUAUAUACACGUACACAUAUACCGUUGCAGCAAUGUUGAAAAUCUCACAUUGCAGCGUUACAUAAAGUAUUAUAUUGAUGAAAAAUCUAAAUAGUAUAUAUAAAAACAAUUGAACUAUAAAUUUUAUGUGUUCAAGCAAUCCAAAUAUGACUUGUAUUUAAUGUAUAAAUGUUAUUAACAGCAAAAUGUUCAAAUAAACAAUUAAUGUAAGCGCAUAAUAUUACAUCACAUUCCAAUGUACGGAUUAUAAAUUUGUAUCAUAAAUUUCAUUGUAUGUACAACCACAUAUAAAACUAUAGCGCUUAUCAUAAACCAGUAAAACAAUCGGUUUUUGUAGGUAUGAGCAUGUAUACGCUUGUAGCUGGAAUAUUAUAUUAUUUGUGCACGGUGUACUUGGGGCACACGAAUGAAUAUUUAGCCUUUUAUUAUACUUUGCCUCCUAAAAUGCUUUAUUUAUAUAUACAUAUGUAUAUUAUUGUAUUUAAACUCUGUUUUAUUUGCUUAUAUUCAAAUAAUAAAUCAAUUGACAAAGCUA